UGAGAGGAGUCAGGAACAGAUCAAGCAGUGCACCCUGAGCGAGAAGGGCAGGCACUCUGCCCCUGGGCUCAACCAGCAUGCUGCAGGGGCUUCUUCUGACGGUCACGGUCACGUUCCUCCUUUCUCCAGUUCCAGUAAACGCGAUAAAAGAACUCUCUGGAGUGAAGAACUAUGAAGUGGUUUAUCCCAGAAGACUUCAUUCACUACAUAAAAGAGAGGUCAAGGAGCCAGAACAACAGGAAAAAUUUGAAACUGAAUUGAAGUACGAAAUGACAGUUAAUGGGAAAAUUGCAGUGCUUUACUUGAAAAAAAGCAAGGGUCUCCUUGCACCAGGUUACACGGAAACACAUUAUAAUUCCACUGGAGGGGAGGUCACCACCAGCCCACAGAUCAUGGAUGACUGUUAUUACCAAGGACAUGUCAUUAAUGAAAAAGUUUCUGAUGCUAGCAUAAGCACGUGUAGGGGCCUAAGGGGCUACUUCAGUCAGGGAGAUCAAAGGUACUUCAUUGAACCUUUAAGCCCCACAAAUCAGGAUGCACAAGAACAUGCGCUCUUCAAGUAUGAUCCCGAGGAAAAGAAGGCUAACAGCACCUGCGGGACGGAUGACACAUUGUGGGUACACGGAUCUCGGCAGAAUGUGGUUCCACCUGCCACCAGUCUGGUGAAAUCAAAAGACCGGAAGGGUCGGGAACGUAAGAAAUACAUAGAGUUUUAUUUGGUCCUGGAUAAUGGUGAGUUUAAAAAGCACAAUCAAGAUCCAGAGGAAAUAAGAAAGAGGGUGUUUGAAAUGGCCAAUUAUGUCAAUAUGCUUUAUAAAAAGCUAAAUACUCAUGUGGCCUUAGUUGGUAUGGAAAUCUGGAAUGACAAGGAUAAAAUAAAGAUAACCCCAAAUGCAAGCUUCACCUUGGAAAACUUUUCUAAAUGGAGGGGAAGUGUCCUCCCAAGAAGAAAACGUCAUGAUAUCGCUCAGUUAAUCACAGCAACAGAACUUUCUGGAACAACCGUGGGCCUUGCCUUCAUGUCUACAAUGUGCUCUCCUUAUCAUUCUGUUGGCAUUGUUCAGGACCACAGUGAAAACGUGCUUAGAGUAGCAGGAACGAUGGCCCAUGAAAUGGGCCAUAACUUUGGAAUGUUUCAUGACUCCUAUGUUUGCAAGUGCCCUUCUACAAUAUGUGUGAUGGACAGAGCACUAAGCUUCUAUAUUCCUACAGACUUCAGUUCCUGCAGCCGUGUCAGCUAUGAUAAGUUCUUUGAAGAUAAAUUAUCAAAUUGCGUCCUCAAUGUUCCAUUGCCUACAGAUAUCAUAUCCACCCCAAUCUGUGGGAACCAGUUGGUAGAAAUGGGAGAAGACUGUGACUGUGGGACUCCCGAGGAAUGUACCAACAUUUGCUGUGAUGCUAAAACUUGUAAAAUCAAAGCAAGUUUUCAAUGUGCAUCAGGAGAAUGCUGUGAAAAGUGCCAGCUUAAAAAGCCUGGUGCAGUGUGCAGACCAGCAAAAGAUGAGUGUGACCUGUCAGAAAUGUGUGAUGGCAAAUCUGGUAUUUGCCCUGAUGAUAGAUACCGAAUCAACGGCUUCCCUUGUCAAAAUGGGAAGGGCUACUGUUUGAUGGGGAUGUGCCCCACUCUUCAGGAGCAGUGCACCGAGCUGUGGGGACCAGGGACCAGCGUUGCAGAUAAAUCGUGUUACAGCAGGAAUGAAGGUGGGUCGAGGUAUGGGUACUGUCGCAAAGUGGAUGACACACGCAUUCCCUGCAAAACAAAUGAUGCCCUGUGUGGGAAGUUGUUCUGCCAAGGUGGGUCAGAUAAUUUGCCCUGGAGAGGACAUAUAGUAACUUUCCUGACCUGUAAAAUGUUUGAUCCUGACGACAGCAGUCCAGAAAUAGGCAUGGUAGCUAAUGGAACUAAGUGUGGACACAGGAAGGUUUGCAUUAAUGCAGAAUGUGUGGAUAUCGAAAGAGCCUACAAAUCGACCAACUGCUCCUCCAAGUGCAGAGGGCAUGCCGUGUGUGACCAUGAGCUCCAGUGUCAGUGCAAAGAAGGAUGGGCCCCUCCUGACUGUGAUGACUCCACAGUGGUCUUCCGUAGACUUCUCCAUUGUGGUCGGGGUGCUGUUCCCCGUGGCUGUCAUAUUUGUGGUGGUUGCUAUAGUAAUCUGGCACCAAAGCCCCAGACGAAAGCAGAAGAAAGUCCAGAGGCCAGCAUCUACCACUGGCACCAGGCCUCGCAAACAGAAGAAGAACCCACAGACGGUGAAGGCUGUACGACCCCAAGAGCUAAUUACGAAGCCAGAUUUUCCACCGCCCCCAAUACCUACAACCGUGUCCACUUCCUCUUUCCUUGGUUCCAACCCAAAGGUCUGAAGCAGCAACUAAGCAGGUGGUGGGUAAUAAUCAACUUAGAAGACUGGACAGUCUGGACGGAAGAGAAAUGUACUUACUUUCCCCUUAUUAUUUGCUCUUGAUACCCAAGGAUGUUAACAUUUCUUUCUUUCUUUCUUUCUUUCUUUCUUUCUUUCUUUCUUUCUUUCUUUCUUUCUUUCUUUUUGCUUCUGGAUGGGAGAGGGACUGGGAGUAUGUUAACAUUUCUUGAUUCAUGUUCUACUUUGAGGAGAUUAAACAAAAAUUUUCUAGAGAGACAUACUUUUGAGAAUCUUUGUAUGAAUUUAAGAUUUCUAUUCUCCAUAUUCACAGGAAAGAAGAUGAUUCUAAACAAAGAGCUAUGAAUCUGACGUGUCUAAUUAGAUGACUUUCCUAGACACCCCCCUCUUCUUACUGUUGUAUUGAUUACUAGUUCCUCAAAUAUUUUGAGUAUCUUGAUUUUCUCAUUUAGUAAGAAGUAAUUUACCCUCUGCUUAAAGCCAGCAAACAAACAAAUAAAAACCCUGAGUAAAUUACAGGAAACUGAGAGGGAUGGAAGAACAUUGUAUAUUCAUCAUUAGAUAACUAGCAACAUCUUGAUUGUUUUGACAAUUAACCUGUCAAAUUAGAACACUGACAACAAAAUCAUAUAAACAUUCUCUGAUUCAUAUAACAUCUUUUUUCCUACACCAUUUAUUGCAAUCCUUAUUAGCUAUGUCAUUUGAAGUUUACUAUAAGUGAAUAAAACUUUAUUAGUUAAUUUUUUUCCCAGAAAUUUGUAUAAUUCAGUUACUGGCAAGGUUAAAGUGAACUUUGCUUUCUAAGUGGAGAAAGUUUUAGUUACAUAAAUUCAUAACGUAAACCAGAGGUUUUAAACUGGUAGUUUGCAGGACAUAUCUGGACUACAGAGUUGUUUUAUUUGGAUGGGAUGAUUUUGGUCAUAACGUAUUUUAAGAUGUUUUGAAUGCAUUGCCAAUAUUUAAAAAUUGGGAGAUCUUGCAUAAACAUCCAGAGUUCCAGCUUUUUAAAAGUAAUCAAAUGAUUUGGCAGCCCUGGAAUCACAUUGCCCACAGCAACCAUUAGUCUAGUUGACUGGUGUUGGCAUAAACAUUAUUGGUUGCCUUCCUUGCUUUCAGAACACCAGUUUUAUUCAGCUGCCCAUGUUUUAGAAAAGGCACUCCAGACUCCAUCUCAGAAUAAAUUGCUAUUACUGUAAAGCAGUCAUAAUAAUCGUAUUUCCUUUACUAGUGCUUGAUUUGGUAAGUGUAUGACUUCGCUCUUUUUUGUUUUGUUUUGUUUUGCCGAUGAGACCAGAGAAAAGAUACCUUAGGAAAUUUCUACAAAAUAUAUUCUUCUGGCUGUCGGCAUCUGGAUAGCCUAUCUGGUAUUGUUGCAACCAUGUUGCGAUUAUGAGGGCAAGGCUGAUAUACUCAGUAAGAUAGAGCAGAAAGGUAAAAAGAAUAAAACCUGGUCUCUUGAUGAUGUCAUUGAACUGGUAGAUUAAUAACUGUUGAAUUUACCCUAUACUUUAUUGGGAUUUCCUGUUAUGUGAUCAAUAAAAUUUGCUUGCUGUUUAAGCCA